AUCGAGAAGAAGCCCGCGCCUAGAGUGUCACGCGCGGGGGAGGGGUGGGGAAGGUGCAGGCCCCCGGCGGUUUCCUCGCCAUUUUAGGAGGAAACGCGAACCGGGGCCCUUCCGUUUCAAUAACUUUAUUGAGCCCCGAGGCGAGACAGCAACCGUCUCUGCGCACGCGCGGCCGCCUUGCCGCACCUCCCCCUCCCGGGAGGAGGGCGCUCCGCUGCUGAGGCGAAUGGGUUGGCAUCUUCGGUGGGGGGCGGCCGUCCCGGGGGAUUCCCGGAGAGCAGUCGGACGGAGGCAGGGGAUCCCGGGCCACUGCUCGCCGUCUUCCACGGAGAAGGAGGGGGCGGUGCCCUGAGGAGGCCCGGGGAGAAGCGGCGGCGGAAGAGAAGGAGGACAAACGUACCCCCACCCCCCGCUAGGGACCCCCCGGAGCCGCCAUGGGCAACACCACGAGCGAGCGAGUGCCCGGGGAGCGCCACGGCUCCAAGUCCCACCGCGCCGAUGGUUCCGGCGGGCAGGCGCACGGCAAAGAGCACCCGCACAAAAUCAUGGUGGGCAGCACGGACGACCCGAGCGUCUUCAGCGUGCCCGACUCCAAGCUCCCUGGGGACAAAGAGUUUGUGUCCUGGCAGCAAGAUUUGGAGGACUCUGUCAAACCCAUGCAGCAGGCCCGUCCCACAGUCAUCCGAUGGUCUGAGGGAGGCAAGGAAGUCUUCAUCUCUGGAUCCUUCAACAACUGGAGUGCCAAAAUCCCACUCAUUAAGAGCCAUAAUGAUUUUGUUGCCAUUUUGGACCUCCCUGAGGGCGAGCACCAGUACAAGUUUUUUGUGGAUGGCCAAUGGGUCCAUGAUCCAUCAGAGCCUGUUGUUACCAGCCAACUUGGCACUAUUAACAACCUGAUACACGUCAAAAAGUCUGAUUUUGAGGUGUUUGAUGCUCUGAAGUUAGAUUCCAUGGAGAGUUCAGAGACUUCGUGUCGAGACCUCUCCAGUUCUCCACCAGGGCUUUACGGUCAAGAAAUGUAUGUCUUUCGAUCUGAGGAGCGCUUCAAAUCCCCACCCAUCCUCCCUCCUCACCUUCUCCAGGUUAUUCUUAACAAGGACACUAAUAUUUCUUGUGACCCAGCACUUCUUCCUGAACCAAACCAUGUCAUGCUCAACCACUUGUAUGCGUUGUCCAUUAAGGACAGUGUGAUGGUUCUCAGUGCCACUCAUCGCUACAAAAAGAAGUAUGUCACUACUUUGCUGUACAAGCCCAUCUGAAUCGAUCCCUCUUUGCUACCCUGGAUGUGGGAGAAAUGUCCUCUUUGUAUUUCUGGACUGAAUCCCAGUCUUAGCUUAGAAUCGAGAGCUCACUUGAGCUUUGAGGCCAGUCUAUGUGUUUCUGAGCCUCCUCUGAAUAGGUUGUUCUGCUCCUCCAUUGGACCGCAGGAGAGCCUGUGGGUGUGUGUGUGCGUGUGUCUGUGUCUGUGCCUGUAGUUAUUUUUUUAAAGAGAAAAGAGUGGGCUCAUGCAUAUAUAUUGUACAUACAGUCUCUUAAUGUUAGAUUGGAAACCUGGCCACUGUCAAAUCACUUUCUUUAGGAUGCCUGUUGGGUGCUUUCCAGAGGCCUAGGGGAACAGAAGCGAGAACACCUCUUAAAGCUGUUUUCCCUGAGCUACGUGAAAUAAUAAAUGUACAGGAAGCUUGUCCAGCAUAGAAUCUGGUGAUCAAAGGGGUCCCGCUGCUGGCCUGGCAGUCCCAUACAUUGUCUUACAUUUCUCUGUGGAAGCUGUCCUUGAUUAAGUGGAAGGCUUGUCUUUUCUCAAGUUCCCCAAAGCUAUGGUUUUUUCCCCGAAUACAACACUGUUGAUUCUUAUUGUUCCCUUCCCCAGCUCCCAUUCCUCACUCUUUUUCUUUCAGGACAAAACUUAGGGACAUGGGUGAGGGUCCCUGUGAAGGGCAAUGGAUGUGGAGACCUUGUUUCCUGCCUUAGGGGUAGGAUUGUCCAGAGAUACCCUUUCUCUUUAGACCAUGUGCCAAGAUGCUCUUUGUUGGCUUGCUUUAGUUCCGAGGGAAGAAGCACAUUCAGAAGGUCUUGAAAAUGGCAGAGUUCAUAAAGCAUGUCUGCCUUGUGGAAGCUUUCUCUACGCUCCCUCCAGCUCAAAGGGAGGUCUUGUUCUUGAGCCCAGCUUCCUGAAUGCUUAGUUUUGGACAGCCUUCCCUGGGCCUACCGUUAUGUUGUGUGUGGGUGGGUGUGGGUGUGUAGUGUAUGUAUAAUGUCACUAUAUAAUAACUGACAUAUCUAUAGUGCUUUGCAGUUUACAGAGCAUUUUACAUAUCUAAUCUCAUUUGACUCUUACAACCCAAUGAAGUAGGUAUUGCAUGUAUUGUCCUCAUUUUACAGAUGAGGAAAACCAAGCCUGAGAGUAGUUAAGUGACUUGCCCAUGGUUACAAAGUUAAUAAAUGUCAAAGGGGGAUUUGAACCCCGGUCUUCCUAACCCAUAAGUCCAGCCCUCUGACCACCACUCUGCCAUGCUGCUCUAGAUGUAAGUUUACUCUGGCUUCCUUGGGUAAAGACGGGAAUUCCUUCAUCCCCAAGUCUCUUGCCCUGAAGCUAAGACACAAGAUGGCACCCUUGGUUCCUUAAGAAUAGUGCACUGAAUUCUUUAUAAGAUUUUCUUUUUUGCUCAUUUUAAAAGUAACCUGAUUUUAGCUUAGCAGGAAUCGUGGUGCCAAAUUCAGUGUUAGAUUGUUGAGGCUUGAAAUUUUGCCAAGUGUCUGUGGCCCUUUCCUUUUUACAGAGAAACGCAGGUUAUCUGUCUAGCACUCCAGGAGGCCAAAGCUAUUGCUGGUGGAGGGGCUCCCGGACCUCCCAGGAUGGACCCUGCCAUACUGACAGGGCACCGACAGUCACUUUGGCUACCUCCCGCCUAUCCUGAACUGAGCUGGGAAAAGACCUGUGGUCUUGGGAGUGUAGCCUUAUUGGUUCCCAGCAUCCUGGCCAGGCUUAGUCUUAGCUUGGUGGAGAGGGCAGGUAUGCCCUGGUAAUGGGAGAGUGAGCAAAACUCACUAGGGAUUCCGCUAAUUAUGGAGCUUAAUUCAUGCUGCUUUGGACACUCAGAACCUUUUCCACCUUUGCCCCCAGAACCUGGUAUGGACCCUACUUUAAGUCCAAAUGCCCUUUGCCUGGAGUGGUGGUGUUUGUUGUUCAAACAGGUCAAAUCACGUAACACUUUGAAACUUUGAUGAAAUAUAACAUAAAUGGAGUGUUCACAGGUCAGAAAAACAAAACUUGGAUUUUUGUUCUGUCACACAGUGAUGUCUGUUGCCAGGUUGUUUGUUGUGAUAGGAUUGAACCAAGUUGUGGUUGUCAUAUCUAAUGACCUCUAUAGUCACACAUUAAAAGUUCAUUCCACACGGGUCUAUAUCACACUAGAGUGAGGCAGGUAAGGAGACACUCACAUUCUCAGGCCAGAGGCCUGUGGCUCAGUAGCAGUGGGCCGUGGUGCUGGUGUCCUCUGUUCUGGAUAAUAUAUGGGCUACCACUUUGCCAAGCUUUGGGAAAAUAAAUCUGUGCUCAGCCGUGAGUAAGAUGGAAGCUAGCCAGCUAGUUAGAAUGGAAUUGGUAAGGGUGGGGCAGGGAGCAUAGUGAUAUUCCUUACCAGUCCUUACUCCCUUCUCCAUAGUUAGAGCACUUUACCUGAAUCUCAGAAGUAUCCACAAAAAUGGUUUUGGCCUCCUGGGAGGAAGUGGUCCAGAGCAUGACCUACUCUGAUUUUUAAAAGCUUUUACAGGUGUUUGUUUAAAUGAUGCCUUUAUCUUCUGCCUUAGAGAUUUCUGAUAAAGUUUUGGAAUUGAGGGGCAAAGGUGAUGAAAUGUUCUUUUCAGCUUUUUUGUUGGUCACUUCUGAGGGAAACCUGGCACAUUAACAGAAUGGGUUGUCCUUCAAGGAGGGAGGACUGUGAAAGAGCCAGAACAUGGUAUAGGAACAGUGGGGGAAAGGGAGGGCAGAAGAGUUUGGGGCUCCUCUGGUGUCCAGCCUAAGGGCACAAGAGAGGCUGGAGGGCAGGUGGAGCUUUGGCCAGUCUUAGAAAACUGGCCUGAGCCCUGGCCUUGCCAGACCAAGCCCGGGAUCUUCGGGUCCCCAAGAGGAGGUAUUCUCUUCCAUUUUUGUGUGCAUUGACCUCACUCACUUUUUGGGUUCCCUAUAAAUAUUCAUUUCCUAAGGACACAGUCACUCACUUCAAAUAUCACUUAAAACAGACGUUUUAUUUUAAGCCAUAAUGGAAGCAAAAAAAUAAUUAGAUGGCUCCUUGGAGUUUGGUGAAAUGUAUUUGGCCAUAUGCCUUCAUUGACAUAGACCUAGCCAGGAAGUAGCUCUCCAUCCCCACUACAAAGAAUGCAUGGAAACAUAGGAAGGAGGCAUAUUUCUUUAGUCUCUUACCUAGUCUCAUCAUUCCCAGAUUGCCCCCUUCUUGGCAGACUAGCACCUUGGAGGCUAAAUUGUAACCUCUUUAGCCCAUUUCUUACUUCACGGAUGGGAGAAUCUGCUGCUGCCGAGUUGAGAUUGACAUUUGGAGUCGAAUCGGGGGAAUGAAAUAAUGCAUUGGUUUAGGAAGCCUCUUUCAGCCAUCUCUUCCUUGGGGAAACAGAUGCUGGAGACAAAUAUUUAGGAGUUGUUGAGUAUUCUAGCACCUUCUCUAAACCCAAAUCCUCAGAGACUUGGCUGGGACGAGCGGGUCAUCAGUUUAGUGUUAUUUAUAUCUUAAGAGCUAAAUGCCUGCUAUUGUUCAUCAGCCACAGACAACUAGUUAUUCACAGUAUCAAAAUAAUGUGUGACGGGUCAGGACAUCUGCUUCAAAGUGGAUGGUUAAACAAUUCACAGCAGCAGGGCGGACCUGGCUCCUCUGUAAGAAAGAGGCCUUUUGGAGCACAAGGGCUUAAGUUAGCAUCAAAAGAGACCUUCUGGGACUUAGAUUUGGGACCUUCAGUCCUCAGUAGGCCCUUAGGAGUCUUCAUAAAUUGGACUGAAUGGAGCCCCUGUCCUAGUGUGCCACCUGAGGGGGAGGAAGUGUUAUUUUCUGACAAGGUUCUGUUUCACUUAAAGAAGAACUUUUCUUUAGUCUAAAGGCGAAGUGUAAGUUCCAUUUUAAUUGCUCUGACCUGAGGUGGUAUCGGUAUCACUGUGCCCAAAAGAACCUUGGCUAACAGAGGUAUUCCUAGAAGUGAAAUUUGAGACAAGUGCUGAGCCCAGCAAAUUAACUAGGGAAGGGCACCUACAUUAAGUAUUUUUAAGUCCUGGUGAUCUCUUCCUCUCUGCAGACACUUUCCUUGACCGGGAUGUUGUUUCAGGGCACCCAAAGCAGGAAUGCCCGUUUAUUGAAUGGUCUUAACUUUUUAUGGGCCCUUGAAAAAGGCUCAUCGAGUUUUCAAAGAACAGGAUGCCAGCUACCUGUUCCAGUACGUUUAUGUGUUGGAAUGAUUUGAAUGAAGGCAGUUGUUCAUAGCCUACACAUUUUGAGAAAAAGGGGGUGAAUCUGAAUUUGUGAGAGGGAUGAAAUAAUUGAGACCCCCUCAUCUAACUGGUGCUUUUUGUCCUUAAUAUUGCCAAGGAAUAGAGUUGGCCUUUGAUAGCCCUCAGGAUGUACAGUUCUAGGAAGGUGUAGAGCUGUUUUCCUGCUGAUAACCCGUGACUGAACCCUGGAUGAAUUGUGUGAUCUGUAGUAUGCAGACCCUCUGUGAUGUCACAUGUACAAGUUCCUUUUCCCAUGAAUGUAACUCUGAAAAUAAAGGUUAUCGUACAACAUAA